AUGUUGCAUUCUUAUACAGAAAAAUAAAGAGUAAGAUUUCAAGAGAACAGGUUUCGCUAUUUAAACCAAGCGUAACCUGAUGAAAGUGUUUCCUCAAAUACUGACUUAGAAUCUUAAUAAAAGGAUAUUAGAGUGAGAUUAGAGAGAUCUUCAAAAAAAAAGGUCUCCGUUAAAAUUCGAAAUCUCGACAUUGAUAGUGAUAUUAUUAAAGAAGAAGAUAGUGAGGAUUAUAAUAGUGAGUCAUAAUCUUAGAAUCACAAUUAGAAAUCCGAAGCAGUUCUUAAUCUUAUCUAAGAAGAAGAAAUUGAUAGUCCUUUCAAAAGCAGGAUUAAUUAAAACCAAGAAAUACUUUGGAAAUCUAGUAAUCAAGAAAGUCAACAAGUAGAAGUUCAAUUAUUUAAUACACCCAAACAAAAUUUAUAAGUGGAAUCUCCAAAACUUGAAAAUGCUAUUAAAUCUUAUAAAAAUCUUAAUUCUAUUAAUAGUCUAUACUCUCCAGUCAAAGGAUUUUAAUAACUCAUUAAGAAUGACAAUACUAUCUAUCAACAUUACAAUAUUUUUUAAAAAUUAUUCCUUUAUCAUAUAUUUUGUUAUAUGAAACAAAUGAAAGGACUUAUCGAAUCAUCAAAUCAAAAAAUAAGUAUAGUUCAUCUGCCAAAAUAAGCUUUUAAAGAUUCAAUCUAAUAUAAUCUCAAAAAAGUAUAUGAGUAAAUUAAAAAGAAUGUAAGCGUUUUGAUAAAUAUUAUUCUUAGGAAUUUUACAACUUUAACAACAGAUCCUUAUUUAAGUUAUUUUUCUGGCAAGAUAACAAAGGUGUAACAAUUAUUAUUGUAAUACUUGCAAUGUUUGAGACAUACUCUAGAUUUGUUAUGGCUAUUUUAACUGAAACUUUAAUUGCUGCAGUUACAAGAAAUGAUAUGAAAAGUGCAUAUUUAUAGGCUUUAGCUUUAGCAAUACUUUCAUUACUUGCUUUAAUGAGUAAACAUUAAUAAUAGUAUAAAUAAUUCAGUUAAAUUAGAUAUUUGAUAAGUAAUUUCGCUACUAAAAUUAGAAUGGUUUUUAUCAAUUUAAUUUAUGAUAAAGUAAUUGAAUUGAAUUCAACAUAAAUUUAAAUGUUAAAUGUAGGAAAAAUAAUGAAUCUAGUUAGUAGUGAUCUCAAUGUUAUAGAAUAUCAAUUGGCCUUCAUUUAUUAAGUAGCCGUUAUUCCAGGAUCAUUGUUAUUUACUGCUAUUAUCUUAUGGGUAAAAAUCUUAUAAAUUUUAGUUAAGAUUUGAUGGUCCUCUAGGAUUAGUAGCUAUAUUAUUUUGUGCUAUUUUAUAUCCUUUAUAAAUUCUCAUUUAGAAUAUAAAUAAGAAAUUAUUACUUAAAACUCGUAAGUUGUAAGAUGAAAGGAUAUAAGUAUGAUAUAAUUACUUAAGAUAGUAAACCAACACAGUAAUAGAAGGUAUAAAAUAUAUUAAAAUAUAUGUUUGGGAGAAGAUAUUUGAAAAAAAGAUAAAUACAAUAAGAAAAAAAGAAUUUAUAUAUUAUCUAAAUAUUCAUGUUUUAAAUCUAUUAGAUCGUUCUUUUAACUUUAGUGUGCAUAUUUGGGGAUCAUUUUGUUUUAUUUUAAUAUUAUAUACCUCUAAUACUAAUCUAACAAUAUCUACUAUAAUGGGAACAAUUUAAUUAAUGUCAAUGAUUAAAUAUUAUUGCAUAUUUUAAGUGUCUUAUGCUUUUUAGGCUUUAAUGAAUUUUAGUGUUAUAUUUUCAAGAGUAUCUGAGAUUCUGAAACAAUAAAUAAAUAACAUUACUACAAUAGAUCAAUUUAGAACUACUUUUACUACAUAUGAUGUUCCAUAAUAACCAAUGCAAUAAUUGUUAAUGGAUAGAAGUCGAGGACUUAAUCGUAAAGGUAGUCUAACAUUAUAAUCAACAUCUCUUUGUUCUAUAAGUUAAUAUUAUGGAAAAUGGUCUAAGGAUGGUCCCUUUGUAAUAAGUUAAAUUAACUUAGAAAUUAGAACUGGAGAGAUUAUUGGUAUUAUUGGAAAGGUAGGAGCAGGUAAAUCUACACUUUUAGCUGCCAUUCUUUAAGAAUUGCCAUAUUAUGAAGGAAAUGUUUCUUAUUAAAAAAAAGUUAAGUUCGCUUAUGUUGAAUAGGAUCCAUUCAUUUAUACAGGAACAAUUAAAGAGAAUAUUUUAUUUGGAAAAGAUUAUGAUUAAGUACUCUAUCUAAAAGUAUUGGAAGUAAGUUGUUUAGAUUAAGAUGUAUUAUCAUUUAGAUAAGGUGACAAAACAGAAAUAGGGGAAAAAGGGGCAAAUUUAUCAGGAGGAUAAAGAGCAAGAUUAAGUUUAGCAAGAGCAUUAUAUUCUUAAGCUGAUUUAUAUCUUUUUGAUGAUCCUCUAUCAGCUGUUGAUUCUAAAGUAGCUGGUAAAAUAUUUGACAGUGCUAUCAAAGAUUUUAUAUUUAAAUUUCAACCCAAUUAUAGACCAUCAUUAAUUAAAACUCAUGAAGCUUUUAUUUAAUAAACACCAGCAGUCAUUUUAGCUACACAUUAAAUUUCAUAUGCAUUAGAAUGUGAUUAUGUAGUAAUACUUGAUGGAGGUAUAAUCACACAUUAAGGAUAAAAAAAUAAAAUGAAAAAAUAUAUCUUAGAAAUUACUAGUGCUCAUACAAGCAGCAGUAAUAUUGAUAAUCCAGUUAGAUCAUUAAAAAUUAGAAGACCUAGCAAAUUAACUAAUAAAAUUGUCAAUUAAAUCUAAAAAUAUAAUAAAGAUCAAACUUCAGCUUUAUAUAUUACUGAAGAUCAAAAUUAAUCUGAUGCUAAUUUUGAUACUUAUAAAAGAUAUUUUAGUUAUUGGAAACCUUUUUUAUUAAUAUUUCUCAUUUUGGGCUAAAAUGUAGCUAGUGAAAUUAUUAAUAAUUACUAUUAUAAAGAAAUGGCUUCAUUUAAUGAAAAUACAUCCAAAAAUAAUGAUUAAACAUUUUACAAUGCAGCUAUUUUAGUACUGGCUGCUUAUUUCAAUAAUGUUAUUAAGUAUUUCUUGAAUAUUUUUGGAGUUCUUACUUCAAAUAAUAAAAUUCAUAAUAAGAUGUUAAAGAGAUUAAUUCUAUCUCCCAUCAUUUAUUUUGAUACAAAUCCAUCUGGUAGAUUGAUCAAUCGCUUUUCAACUGAUUUAUCAUUAGCAGAUACUUAAAUACAAUCUACAAUUACUGAUAUAUUUGAAUAAGGAUCAUAAUUUUUAGUAUCUCUUGUUACUAUUGCUAUUUUAUAACCAUUCUUUACAUUUGCUGCUAUUUUCACAAUUUUAAGCACAAUUUCAAUUUUUAGAAUUACAAGAUCAGUAGUUUCUCAAUUGAAGGUUUGUGAUUUAAUACAAAGAUCUCCAUUAUUUGAUUAAUUUAAGAUCACAAUAAAUGGUGUAACAUAGAUUAGAAUAAAUGAAAAUUAAUCAUGGAUAAAGGAGAAAUUUAUUUAAUUAUCAAAUUAAUCUAUGUAGGCUAAUUUAAUAUUUUUAUAUUCAUAAAGAUGUUUUGGUUUUUACAUUGAUUUAUUUGGUUAAUUUGCAAAUAUAUCUGGAAUCUUUUUAAUAAUAGGUAUGGUAUAAGAUCCUACAAUAUUUUCUUAAGCAUUACUAUUACUUUCAACUUUCAACACUUAAGCUGGUACAUUAAGAUAAUUUAUGGCAUUUGAUUCUAUGAUGAAUAGUGUAAAUAGAAUGUUUGAAAUAUGUGAUUUAGAAAUAGAAAAAGCAGAGCCAUAGGGUGAAUUAGAAAUGAAAAAUUGGCCAAAUUCUGGUUCAAUAAAUUAUUCAAAUGUGACAAUGAGAUAUAGAGAAAACACUCCUCUAGUUUUAAAAGGAAUGAACUUUAAAAUUAAUGAUAAAGAGAAAGUCGGGAUUGUUGGUAGAACAGGAGCUGGUAAAUCAUCAGUAAUUUCUAGUCUAUUUAGAUUAAACUCUAUAUAAAAUACUGGGUAUUUUUAUUAAUAAUUAUUCUUAGUUUUAUUACAAUUGAUGAUUAAGAUAUUCGCAAAAUCAAUUUAUAUAAGUUAAGAAAAGAAAUUAGUAUAAUUCCUUAAGUACCUUUUCUUUUCAAAGGUACAUUAAGAGAAAAUCUAGAUCCUUUUUAAAAUUUUGAUGAUAAAUCGUUAUUAAAUGUUUUAUCCGAAACAGGUUUAGAAGGAUUUAUAUAAUAAUUACCAAAAGGUCUCGAACAUUAAAUAGAGCCAGAGUUUUUCUCUAUUGGUUAGAAAUAAUUGAUAUGUUUAAGUAGAGUUCUAUUGAAUAAAAAGAAGAUUUUGAUUUUAGAUGAGGCAACUGCAAAUGUUGAUAUGAUAACAGAUUGUUUAAUAUAAUAAAUAAUAAAGGAUAAAUUUAAUGAUUGUACAAUAUUUACAAUAGCACACAGAUUGAAUACAAUAGCAGAUUAUGAUAAGGUUUUAGUAUUAGAAGAUGGUAAGGUAUUAGAAGAAGGACAUCCUUAUGAGUUAUUAGUUCAGAAUCCUAAGAUUUCAACUUAUAUAAAUAGUGACUCUGCUUUUGCUAAAAUGGUACUUUAAACAGGUCAUAAGAACAGUAGCUAAAUUUAUGCUAUGGCAAGGAAAAGUUAUCAAUAAAAAUAUGAAAUAUAGAGUAAAAGUAAUUGUAAUAGCAAAAUGUUGGAUGUGUCUCUUAGCAGUAUUAGUGAGUUCAACAUUUGA